ACGAGUAAAAAGCGUGAUGGACAAACGUGCGGGCACUAAGACCGCAAGGCAUUCAUUUCCUCCUACCGUGGUUGCGGACGCUGGGAGGAGAACCCCUGAGCCAGGAGCUGGGAGCUGAGGCGCAGAGAACACGUAGCGACUCCGAAGAUCAGCCCCAAUGAACAUGUCAGUGUUGACUUUACAAGAAUAUGAAUUCGAAAAGCAGUUCAACGGGAAUGAAGCCAUCCAAUGGAUGCAGGAAAACUGGAAGAAAUCUUUCCUGUUUUCUGCGCUGUAUGCUGCCUUUAUAUUUGGUGGUCGGCAUCUGAUGAACAAGAGAGCGAAGUUCGAACUGCGGAAGCCGCUCGUGCUCUGGUCACUGACUCUUGCAGUCUUCAGUAUAUUCGGUGCUCUUCGAACUGGUGCUUACAUGGUGUACAUUUUGAUGACCAAAGGCCUCAAGCAGUCAGUUUGUGACCAGAGUUUUUACAAUGGACCUGUCAGCAAAUUCUGGGCUUACGCGUUUGUGCUCAGCAAAGCACCUGAACUAGGAGAUACGAUAUUCAUCGUCCUGAGGAAACAGAAGCUCAUCUUCCUACACUGGUACCACCACAUCACUGUGCUGCUGUACUCUUGGUACUCCUACAAAGACAUGGUGGCGGGGGGCGGUUGGUUCAUGACGAUGAACUACAGCGUGCAUGCCAUCAUGUACUCUUACUACGCCCUGCGGGCCGCGGGUUUCCGCAUCUCCCGGAAGUUCGCCAUGUUCAUCACCCUCUCCCAGAUCACUCAGAUGCUGAUGGGCUGUGUCAUUAACUACCUGGUCUUCACCUGGAUGCAGCACGACCAGUGUCAUUCCCACUUCCAGAACAUCUUCUGGUCCUCCCUCAUGUACCUCAGCUACCUUGUGCUCUUCUGCCAUUUCUUCUUCGAGGCCUACAUCGGCAAAAUGAAGAAAACAGCGAAGGCUGAAUAGUGUCCGGACUGAGGAGGAAGACAUAGCUCAGGGUCAUCACGAAAAAUACUAGACAAAAGAUAAAAAAAAAAAAAAAUGGCACAAGGAAUCACACACAUGGUGCAGCUAAAAAACAAAACACACGUAUGAGCAGACACAAAACCCGAGGCAGCUUGGGAGUAAUGAUUAGCUUGACUUUAAACGCAGUAAGUUUAUGAUCCUUUUUGGGUGAGGACUCACUGAGUGCAUCUCCAUCCCAGUGCUGCUGCCGAGGGACCCUUUCCCUCGCUCCUGUCAACUCUAGAACACACUUGAUCCAAAGGGAGCCACAGGCAGAGGGAGGGAUUAGUGGAAAGCAAGCAAAACACUAUAGGAAGAGGGGAAAAAUCGAGUUCAGAGUUAUUUUUCUCUAAGGACAAAGAAGUUCCCCCUUCCAAACUAUGUGAGCACACACACACACAGAGAGACACAAUUCCUUUCCAUCUUUUCUACACGAAACCAGAGCUGGUAGAAACGAUAAACAUGGAAGAGACACAGGGUUUAUAUCUAGAACAGCAAUGCUUUUGCAAAAAUCAAGGCCUUUUAAAGGAAGGUUAGCUCGUAGCCCCUUGACAAAAGAUGUCUUAAUUAUUUUUACUGCAGCUGAAAUUAAGAAGAUAGAUAUGUUUCCCUUCGCUGCACAGCCUCAGGCUACUGAGUUUGCUACAACCAAACAGAAGUCAAUACUUCCUCACAAUACUGUAUUUCUGGGAGGAUGGAAACCACGCAGCCCACAUCCCAAGAAGGUGGUCCCGCAGCAGACCCUGCGGUUGAAGCGUCGCCUUGACAACUGUUACUUCUGCUCUUCGUCGAGAUAUGAAGCAUCCUUGGUUCAGUCGCUCCAGACUUUAGGACAGAAGAGUAAAUGCAGAAUUGAAAAGAUAGAAGCUCAGCCCGUUGACUUGAAAAUGGGGUUUUGUACUAUCCGCAACAAAACUCAGCCAGUCGCCACUGAGCCGGGGAAAGGGGAAAGGACAAUGGGAAGAGGGGGGAGCUGAAGAUUCAUCCAGGAGACUGACAGUAUGUUUGCUUCUCCUCCUUGUUUGGCUUCAUGCAGACUCCUGGCUUUCCACAUGAGGCCCCGUGACACAGUCCAUGUUUUCUAUCUUUUUGUGACUUUCAGAAACAUAUCUCGGGGCUCUGCCUGAUUUGAGGUAAACACUGUGUUUCUGCAUCCUCUGCCUUUGCUCCCUAAGCAGCGCGGAGGUGUGUGGAGUGCCCUCUGCUGGCCGAGUGGGAAACUCCACCAAACACACUUAAUACAGGCUGAAAUAACAGGCAGACCACGAAGGGCCUGCGUAGAUGAAUCCCUACGUUUUAAAUGCUGUCAAAUGCCCGCCAUCCAUUUGACCAAAUCAGAACAGAGCCUCACUGCUUCAAGUAAGCGCCACUAAAUUCUAAAGUGACUUUCACUUGGGAACUCGGAGAAAGUAAAUGUAUCAAGAGCCAUAUUCUUAAAAGAAAGCAAGCAAGCAAGCUAGACAAUGUUAUCUGUAAUAUUUCAGUCCUCUACAAGCCAAAUAAAUGUGUCGGUGUUCCUAAUAUUUCAAAGAUGCAACUAUGUAAAGUUGUUCAAUGUGGUAUACUAGUAUUCUAACUGGUUAAGUAGCUUAAUGAUUAGGCGAACUAGAGGAAACCAUUAGAGGCCGCUACACUUCGUAGAUUAUGUACUCCUAACCACUUAUGCACAGAAGUGUGAGGUACACUGAGCUGCAAAGCCCAAGUGAACAGGAACACAAUUUUUGGCUAGCAGAAACUAUCGCUAUCUUCCUUCACUUGAGAGUGAACAGGAAAAGGGAUUUUUUUUCAAAUUAUUUUUAUAUUAUUUUUAUAUUAUUUUAGCUUUAAUUGUGCUGUCGCUCCUACAACAGCUGCGCAGCCUUUCUGUGAGAUGGCAAGGGUGGUUUCGGCAGCUUGCUGAUGUGUGCAGUUAGAAAAGAAUAAAGCUCAGUUCCGUUCUGUGUGAAUGGGUUGAAGAGUAAACACAAAGAAUCCAUGCAGGUCAAGACCUGACUGAAAGACUGAAAGACGGGGAGCCAAGCUGGACUGGGGGGCAGCUGUCGCAAUCCAUGUUAGCACCGGGUGGUGGCUUCAUGUUGGCUGGCAGGAGGGGACGUGAUUGGAAGGAGGUGGUGUUAUCAGGACAGAAGUUGACUCGAGCUGAAAGUGUGGAGCCACAACGUGAAGUGGAGUCUUAGGGUGUCGUUGUUUGUUUGACCUUUGUAAAGGCGCAGCCCUGUACAGUAAUAAGCCUUUCCCUUGCCUUAUAGAAGAAAAGCGUGCAAAAUGGUGGAAAUGAAGGAAAGGUCACCUGUCGGCUGACUUGAAUCUAAUCAGGGCCAGCCCGAGGUUCACCUGGCCGACUCAGUUAAAUUCAGAUAUUUAUCGUAGAAUACAGGCUACACUAUGGAAAUAAAGCGUAAACUUUAAGAAGACUAAGCUAUGCUUCCAAAGCACUUUAAUCUUGAUCUUCGCUUCAUGCUGUGUUCACAUGUAGAAAAACUUAGACUCUUCGUUUGCAGGAUGAAUAUCUAAUAAAUAGUUUCUAAACCAGCUAAAUAUAUCUAAAGGCAUUUCCGGUGUUCAUCGUGGGGAAA